AUGGAGACUCCUCAAGACAACCUCCAAAGCAUCCAAAAGCCUCCGAGUCUGGGAGCCGAGGAGGACCAGGAACCACAGCCUGGUGGGAAGGCAGUGGUCUCUGAGGCUGGAGAGGAAGGAAUAGACAAGAAAGAGCGUGUUAUGAGCGGGCUUGCUCAGGGUGGGCUUGAUCAGGGCGAUGGCGCUCAGGGCGAGGUUGCUGGAGGUGAGCAGGCUCAAGAAGAGCCUGCUCCAUUGAGUCCAGCUCAGGAAGCCACUGGAGGAGGAGAGGAGGGAGAAAACAAGGAAGGAGAAAUGGAAGGAAGACAUGCUGGUGAUGGUGCUUCUGGCCCCGAGGAUGACAACAUCCAGGAAGAAGGCGGCGAAAACAGAGAUCAACAACCACCGCAACAAGAGGCAGCCAGUCCUGAGGGCAUGAGAAAUCCACAGGCUGGGAACUCUCUGGCUCACCAGCGGACCCGCCGCAUCAGAUUCACCCACUCUCAGCUGCGUGAUCUGGAGCGACUUUUCCAAGAGAAUCGCUUCCCCAGCUUGCGUGUAAGGAGGGAUCUUGCACGAUGGAUGGGUGUGGAUGAAUCUGAUGUGCAGGAGUGGUUUAAGAUGAGGAGAGCCCUUUUCCGCAGACACAGCAGACUGAUGAUGUUCUGCGAACUGCCACCGAUUACAGAGAACAACUCUCCCUGA